AUGUCUGAGGAAGAGACUGGUCCGGGAUCGUCCUCCGCGAAGGAGACUGAUGGACCGAUCGGAGCCGCUACUCGACCCUCCCCCAAUCCUCUCGAGUUGGUCAACCUACCUUCCGAACUAGCUCUUCCUACAUCUCCAAUCGAUCAAGGCCACCAAGCAGAUCCGACAAUCCUCAAGGAUGAAGCCAAGGAUGAAGCCAAGGAUGAAGCCAAGGAUGAAGCAGAAGACGAAGACGAUGACGUUUUCGGAUCGGACAUUGUCAUGGACGAAGCUUUGGAGGAAGUGCUUGAUCGGGUGGAGAGAAGGUAUAGGGUCCAGAGCAUGGCUCCACCUCGAGAGGCUCGAGAGGGAGAGCGUGUGGAGCUGUUGGUUGAUAUGGAGGAUCUGGUUCCUCCUCCCAAACCACCGACUAUUGCGCGUGAUGGUCUACUCCAAAACGUCGGCCAUGGGGAUGGAAAAGAUGCUCUGGAAUCUCCGCCGAUCGAGGUCGACGUCGCGGAUGAGACAGAAGAAGGCGCUGAGGAAGGAGAGGGAGACGGAGACGGAGACAAAGAGGAGCAGCAGCAACAGCUCGCGCCGUUCUUUCAAUUCAGACGGAAAGGCUAUCUGAGUGUAUCUGACUUGGUCGGGCCGUUGUGGUGUGAGACUCAGUACGACUACCGUCUCCGAACUCUCCCCUACCUCCCCGUCGCCCAGCGUCCCUCCACAAUCACCUCAACCUCCGGCAAACUUAUCACUGUCGAUACUUUCCGUACGGAGGGUAAGGAUCGGGUGAUGAAGCGUGGAGGAGAGAUACAUAAGAGGUUGGAGAGGGAGAUACAUCCGGAGGAGGUCGUUGUUGGGACGGUUAGUCGGGAGGAUGUUUGGGGGUUGAGGUUCUUGAACAUGUUCUCGGCGGUGGAAGCGCUCUUGACGAUCGGGAAAUGUCGAGAGUUUCCUGUGGUGGGGUUCGUGAACGGUGUGAUGGUGCUAGGGAUUAUAGAUGAAAUCGUUCGCAGACCUCUAAAGCCCACGAAAGAAAAGGCACCCUCGAAACCGCCUUCCCCAAAUCGUCAAACAUCACUAUCCUCCUUCUUCUCCCCUACCAAGCCUCGCCCUGCCCCUUCCUCUUCCCCCACAGACGGUCCCAAAGCAAGGACACACAAGCUCUUCAUCUCCGAUUCCAAAACACGCACCAGCGGUUUUCUGCCUCGAGAAGACGAUUCUCAAGCGGGCAGGCUGCAGGUGAUGAUGUACAAAGAGAUGCUCGACGCUAUCCUUCUAGCUCCUUUUCGUCAAAACACUUCCGAGAUAGACGGCACUGGGGAUGGCGAUGAGGGACAGGACCCCAAGCCGCUCGAUAUCCUACCAACCCAGAUCCACCCUUCAAAAGCAUUUUCCUACCCAUUACUCUUUGCGCAUCUUGACCUCUCCCCGACGGCCCUCUUUUCAGAUCAGUUCAUGCAGGACAGCAGGGCGGUCAUUGAGGGCAACAAACUGCGGUUCGGGGCCAAGAAAGGUGGGUGUUUGGAAGACUAUCUGGCAGUCUGGGAAAAGUAUGUUGUUGAGCUUGGACUGGGAUGCCCCGCCCCUCCUAGUUCGUCGACACCUUCUGCCACUCCUUCCUCGACCACUACGAAGCCGCAGGCGAAAUCCAAGCCUGCUGGGGAUGAAUGGCGCAACUUGGGCAGGACGGACGACAGACUCGAACUUGUUUACCGCCGUGCUGGUGGGAAGAAGAAGGGGAAGGGGAAGGGGAGAGAGAGGAAGAGACGGAAGGGUGGCUUGACGGGAGGAAGUGGUUCGAGAAGGGAAGAGAGGGAGGGGAAAAUGAGGGGGGCGGAGGAGGAGAGACUGGUGCGGCUGGCUAUCGCCGAGAGUCUGAAGCUAUCUGGGGAGUCAACCUCAGAGCCAGACGCUCCGAUACCCGCAGAAUCCUCAACGGACCAAGGAGAGAACCCUCUGCCCGACCCAUUCGAGAACACCACCUUGAGUCCCAAUCAGCCUCUGCCGCCCGCAUCAUUUACGCUCGGCACAGCUGCCUCCAAGAAGCACCCAAUCGACGAUGAGGAAAUUAGUAGCAAGAGCGAGUACUUUACGGCAGAUGAAGACGAAGCGUUCGUUGAUUCCAUCGAGGUGGGGUUGGGUGGAGAAGAGGACGAGGACGUGAGUGUGGCUUCGCCGAAAGCAAGAGUCACAUCUCUUCCCAAUUCUCAAUCCCUCGCCUCGACCCUCCCUCCGUCAAUCCCAGCUCCGAACCAGGCCCCAGCUCAAGAUUCGGACGAAGAUGAAGACGCCAAUCCUUCCUCCGGGUCGAUCAUCGGCAAGCACACUUUUACCCACUCGCCGGAGGGGCUCGCGUCGCAUUUGGAGAGUGUCCUCCAGUUUUGGAUGGGAGAGCGGGAGCCGAAGGGUGUGGAGAUUACGGAAGCGAGGAGGUGUGGAUGGUGCGAGUUUGAGGAGGGAUGUGAGUGGCGGUUGAAGAAGAUCGAAGAACUCAAAUCUAGGAAGCAUCACGGUUGA